GCGGGGACUUUUUGUUCAGUGCUUCACACACACCGUUCAUCCAGAUCAGCGUUCUUAAUGAACGAUUUGAGCAAAUCGGACAUAAUCGUUUAGCUCGGUAUGGAUUAGAUUCGAAUCAAAAUGGUAUUUUUCUGUUUUCUUCUUCUUUUGUCAGUCAGUUGACGUCGUCAUGAGGAGUUUAGCUAUCUGCUCGGCGAAAUGUUGAGGAAUACUGUUGGCAGAAUAGCUUGCUUUUAUCUGUUCCUGCAAGGAUUGAAAGGUGUGUUUGGUGCUGGUACGGAUGAAGUGAAGUCAGUGUCAGUGACUGAGGGAGAUUCUGUCACUCUAAACACUGAUGUUCAAGUACAGAGAGAUGAUCAUAUACUGUGGAUGUUUGGACCUCAAGAGACUCGUAUAGCUGAAAUCCACAGACAGAACAUCUAUAUAGAUGGCACCGAUAUUAUAUUUGAGAAAAUACUCCAGAUGGACAAUCAAACUGGAUCUCUGACCAUCAGAAACAUCAGAACUGAACACACUGGACUUUAUAAACUACAGAUCAUCAGCAGAGGAACUUCAUACAAGAGAUUCAAUGUUUCUGUCUAUGCUCCUCUUGCCAAUCCUGUCAUCACUAAUAACUCUUUAAAUUGUUCAUCAUCAUCAAGAUCAUCAGAGUCCAGAUGUUCACUGGUGUGUUCAGUGUUGAAUGUGAGUGAUGUGACUCUCUCCUGGUACAAAGGAAUCAGUGUAUUGUCCAGCAUCAGUGCGUCUGAUCUCAGCAUCAGUCUCUCUCUACCUCUGGAUGUGGAAUAUCAGGAUAAAAACACUUACAGCUGUGUGAUCAACAAUCCUGUCAGAAACCAGACCACACAUCUGGACAUCAGUCAACUCUGUCACACAUGUGAAGAAGGUACAUCAACAGUAAUUAGUGUCUAUUUACUGAAUUGUUCUGUUUCAUUAAGAUCUCCGAGUGGAGUCCUCCUUGCUGCGUGUAUUUCUGCUGCACUUCUGCUUGUACUUGCUGGUUUGAUGUACUUUCUCUACAGGAAACGCAAAAGAACGGCUCAAAAAGGAAAUGUUUUUGAACCACACACACAUACAGUAGGAACAGCUCAGUCAGGAGAAGACGAAGUACAAUAUGCUGAAACAGGAUUUUUUAUACAAAAUGGACAAAAAAAGAAAGCUAAUGAUACAGAGGAAACAGAAACAAUAUACUCCAGCAUCGCCACAUGAGACACUGACGAAUUUUAGCAGAAUACUUUGGUCCGGAUUUGUCCGCUUUCAAACAGUGGAUUGAGAAGAAGAAUUCAGAAUGACUUCAAUAUGGUGUUUUCAUUUUAUUUUAUUA